CCCUCAUUCUGCAAACGCGAAGAAGAACACACUCUCCAAUCCAAUCGUCCCAAUUCUAGUUCUCCCUAAUUUGUUCCUCAAAUCGUCCCAAUUUCUUCAAAUCAAACACUCUCCAAUCGUUCUCCAAUCAUUCUCCAAUCUCUCCAAUCUCCAAUCGUCCCAAUUUCAUUCGCGGUUUCAUUCUCCAAACCCUAGACGGAACGACGAACCUGCAAACGCUUAAUCGCCUCCAAAUCUCUUCGUUUUCAUUCGGUAAAGGGGUGGAGCUGUUUUCUGUGUUAGGCGGUGGUUGCUGCUCCUACGUGUUGACUGCUGCUGUUUAGGGGCUGGUGUUGCUGUUUUUUGGUGUUGUCCUCUUUGUUUGAAGUUAGAAGGUUCAAUCACGGUCUCAUCUACAGAUACGAUAUGGCUGAUUCAACCGACAACUCUGCUGAAACUAGUCAAAGUAAUAAAAAAAGUGUUAGAGGUCCCACUAUGUUGAAAGCAAUUGAAAACGUUCGUAAAACGGGUAUAAAGAUCCCUCUCCAGUUUGAUCUAGAAACUGGAGAGUGUUAUGGUAACAAUGCCUCCCAUUUUAAGAGUUACGUAGCACUUCUUACUCGAGAAAGAUGCAGUAUUGCGAAAGAGUUGUGGAAACAUAUACCUGAAGGAGUAAAGAAUGCUAUGUGGACAGAUAUUAAGGCUAUUUUUGUUAUACCUGAGUUUGAUGAUGCAAAAAAGAGUGAUCAUUUUAAGAAAAUAUGGUUUCACUAUGCGGGGGAGCGAUGGAAAGAUUUUAAAUCACGGUUGACUAGAACUUAUAUCACAGACCCCAAACCAGAUGACGUUCCUCCAUACGUCAAGUAUCCUUACAUCAAAAAAGAUAUAUGGGAAGAGUUUGUGAAGUAUCGACAGACCUCUGAUUUUAAGGAAAAAAGUCAAAAGGGUAGGGAGAAUCAUGCAAAGAAUGUUUACCCACAUGUAUUAUCCCGUGGCGGGUAUAAGAGGCUCGAGGAGCAGAUGAUCAAUGAAAAGAGACAAUCCUUAUCGAAAGAUAGUUCUGGCUUAACUGAUGAUGAUCGUCAUCCAUCUCCACCGGAACGCUAUGAGACAUGGACGAGAGCACGACAAAAGAAAGGGGGAGAAUUCACAUCUGAGCCUGUAAAAAAAGUUGCUGAGAAAAUUGAGAAAAUUGUUGAAGACUCAAAAAAGGGUGACUUUGUUCCAACGGGACGUCACGAUGUCCUAACAGAAGCCAUUGGAACACCUGAGCAUGGUGGUAGUGUUCGUGGUGUUGGAAAAAAACAUAACAUUACCACUUACUGGGGAAGAUCAAAGGUUUCACGUCAAAGACAAGGUAUAGAUGUCAAAGAGCAACUAGCAGCAUUUAAAGCAGAUUUGGAAGCUAAGUUUGAGGAAAAGUUGGCGCAAGAGCGUAAGAUGAUGCAAGAUUCUCUUAUGGAGACACUAAAGUCCAUGGGUUUAUCCCAAACCUCUGAUACAAAUAAUAGAGUCAUGGUACCUGAAGCUUGUGCUGAACAAGUUGUUGUCACCGGAAGCGCAAAAGGGAGUUGUUCUCCUGCACCGGUCAAGAUGCAAAAUGAACUCAAGGAGGUUAUUGUCACUGAAAGCGCAAAAGGAAGUCGUUCUCCUGCACCGGUAGCAGAGGCUGAAGAUAACAUGGACGAUGUUCAGAAAUUGUUAAUCAUGGUUCUGAAAAAGGGUGAUGAUCAUUUGGAUGUACAAUUAACUCAUUGUUCAAUGUGUACUAAUUUUCUCAUGUCUUGCAAGUGUAUAAGAGAGUUGUUGGUGGGUUUUAUUUGGCUCGACAUGAGUACUCUAAGUGUUUGGUGCUCGUACAUUCAUCGUUUAUGCAUUGAAAACAACACCACAAAUGUAUAUGGAAUUUUGGAACCAAGUUUUCUGAACAUUGUUGGUGAUGCUGGGAAAAAAAGUGAUCAGAGAAUAUCUCAAAGUAAAUGCAAGAAAUACAUCCAGCAUAAGUUAGAAAAUGAAAAGAAAGAGUGUCAAUUAUUACCAUUUAACCAUGGAGGACAUUGGCAGUUGAUAAUACUUUGUCCAAAGAUAAAUACCGUGGUUGUUAUUUGUUCACUACAUUGGAAACUUAAUCCAAUAAUGGAGAAAAUUGUUUCAAGUGUUUUUACGGUUGAUCAAAUGGCGAAUGGCAAUAGAAAGAACAAUACCGUAUGGCUUUAUCCACAAGCGAGGAAACAAUAUAAUUCAAAUGACUGUGGAUACUAUGUAAUGAAAAAUAUGUUGGACAUUGUCACUGCUAAGAUAACUGAUUCUUGGAUGGAGGUAUUUAAUGACCCAAAAGAGUUAACAGCUGAGGAGAUGUAUGAAUUGCGAUUACGUUGGUCAACAUAUUUUUUGUCGUUAUUGGAGGGUUAAGAUUUAUCUGGGUGAUGAGGAAUUGGUUAUUAGCUUUAGUUUGAGUCUUGGAAGCAGAUCAGGUGAUGGAAUUGGUAAUUUGAG